UUCACAACCAUUUUGUUAUUGUCAAAAUUAAUAAAAUUAAAGAAUGAUUUAAAUAUUGAAAUAAAGCUAUUUUUGCAGCAUCUAAUAUAAAAAAAAUUUCUAAAAACGAAUUAGUCAAGUGUUAGUGGAUAUAAAAGUGAAAAAUAUAAGUGUAUAAUUCAUUUUAACUCGACAAAAACUCAAAAAAACGUACUUUAAAUAGUUGAAAUUUUCAACUUUAAACGUAAAUAUCUCGAAAACUAUCAAGAUUCCCGCGGCUAUAUCUAUAUAUAUUCUUGAUCUGGAGGAUCUCCUCUAUCCGCCCAUACCCGUUUUAUCCCCGAAAGCGUGGGACGUUAUUCUAAAGCCGACCCGAAAUAUAUUUCAUAGUAAAAUUGAGUUGUUGGAAACAAUCUAACGUUAAUACUAUAAUACUUAAAAUGAACACACCUAAUAUUGAAUUAUCAAACCACCUUAACAUCCUAAUUUUGUUAAGUCAAGUGAUAACAGAUGAUUUUGACAGUUUGAUAUUUUGGCUAUUUAGCAUUUGGCAAAAGCGAUCAUUAAAUCGAGUUUAUAAUUCGGUAAUAGAAAACUUAUAAAAUUACCAUGGUUACACAAGAAUUUCAAGCUGUGGUCCUAGCGGCUGGCCGAGGUUCACGUCUGCCUGAAGUGUUGACUGAUUCGCCGAAAUGCCUGUUGCCAAUCGGUCCAUACCCAUUAUUAUGGUACCCAUUGAAUAUGCUCCAACAGCAUAACUUUCAAGAUGUAAUUGUUGUGGUUCUGGAAAAUGAGCGUUCGGAAAUACAACAAGCACUAGAACGAACUCCACUAAAGAUAAAAAUUGACUUUGUGGCUAUUGAUAAUGACAGCGAUUUUGGCACCGCCGACAGCUUGCGGAUAAUACACGAUAAAAUUAAGUCUGAUUUUUUGGUGUUAUCUUGCGACAUUGUAUCAAAUGUAAGUUUGUAUCCCCUAAUUAACAAAUUUCGCCAGCACGAUGCUGCCUUGACAGCCUUACUAUUCAAAAGUGGAUUUGAGUCGGAUGUUACGUUGCCCGGACCGAAAUCAAAACAUAAACCUGAACGUGAUCUUAUCGGUAUUCAUCCUGAUUCUAAUCGCUUGCUAUUUCUUGCUUCAACAAGCGAUUUUGAAGAAGUAAUGAGCGUAAACGCUCAUUUGUUGCGAAAGAAUGGAAAAGUAACGAUAUUCUCUAGGUUGGUAGAUUCUCAUAUAUAUGUAAUGAAAAAAUGGACAAUUGAUUUCCUUCUUAAGAAAGAAAACUUUUCAACACUUAAAGGCGAAUUCUUACCGUAUAUCAUUAAAAAGCAAAUGUCUAAAAAACCGGGGAGUUCAGCUGCCGCCCCAGAUAUGCAAUCGGAAGUGGGAGUUACAAUAAAAUUAGAAAAUGAUAUAUUUCAUUAUGCUUCGCACACACAUCUAGAACAACGUAUACAGAAAGCUACACUCUUUAACGAUUCUCGAAUCAAGGAGCCAUACAAUGGUGAUUUAAUUCGCUGUUAUGCUGUUGUGGCACCUAAAGAGAGUAUUGGUGUGCGUGUGAAUACUACCCUAAGCUUUUUCGCAAUUAAUCAAAAGAUUUUCAAUAUUUGGCCACAAUUUUUCAACGAUCAGGAACACUUGCUAAUUUCAUCAAAUGCUGUCAUAAACUCAACUCAAAUGAAGGAAAUCGCAGUCGGAGAUAGUGCGAAAUUGUCAGAGAAAACAUCACUUAAUUUUAGUGUUUUUGGUGCUAAUUGCACAAUCAAUCCGAAAAAUAUUAUAAACAAAUCUAUUAUAAUGACAAGCGCUAUUAUAGAGGAAGGUUGUAAUAUUGAGAAUAGCAUCGUUGGAAGCAGAGCUGUAGUUAAACGCGGGUGCGUACUGAAAAACUGCUUAAUUGGACCAAGUUACGCAGUAGAAGAGGGUACGAAGAGAGAAAAUCAACAUUUAACAAAUGCUGAUGGAUUUAUGGAGAUUGAUAUACAAUAAAAAUGAGACUUUCUAUGUAAUGAAUACUAUUUUUUAUUAAUUCCUCAAUGUAUAUAAUUUUUACGAAGACUUGCAGUAGUAAAACAAAUCACAUCUGCAGUAGAAGUGCUAUCCAUA